AUGGCAAGCGAGUUCGGAUGUACGUUAUCCGAACUUCGCGCAUUGAUGGAUCUUCGGAAUGGUGAAGCUCUUGCACAAGUGAACAAGAAAUUUGGUGGUAUCGAAGGUUUAUGUGCAAAAUUAAAAACAGAUCCAAUAAAUGGAUUAUCUGACAAAAAAUCAUCAUUGGAUGAAAGGCGAAGGAUAUUUGGAAGUAAUGAAAUUCCUCCGGCACCUUCAAAAUCUUUUCUACGGCUAGCAUGGGAAGCUUUGCAGGAUAUAACGCUUAUUAUAUUGUUGGUCUCAGCACUUGUAUCUUUAGGCCUAUCCUUUUAUAAACCACCCGAAAAUAUAGUAGCAGGUGAACGUGAUGCUAAUGAACAUGAAGCCGGUUGGAUCGAAGGAGCAGCUAUAUUACUUGCUGUUAUUGUUGUGGUUUUGGUUACAGCUUUAAAUGAUUGGAGCAAAGAAAAGCAAUUUCGAGGAUUACAAUCAAAAAUAGAAACAGAACAUAAAUUUUCUGUAAUACGAAAUGGUGAAGCAUUUGAUACUGCUGUUAGUGAGUUGGUUGUUGGUGAUAUUGCACGGGUUAAAUAUGGUGAUUUACUACCAGCUGAUGGACUUUUAAUACAAAGUAAUGAUCUAAAAGUGGACGAAUCAUCAUUGACCGGUGAAUCAGAUUUGAUCAGAAAAAGUGUUGAAAGUGAUCCUGUACUUCUCUCAGGUACGCAUGCAAUGGAAGGAAGUGGAAAAAUGGUUAUAACAGCUGUUGGAAUACAUUCACAAGCUGGUAUCAUAAUGACAUUGCUUGGUGCAGCGAAAUCUACCGCUAUCAAGAAUAAUAGUUCAAAUGCUGUUGCACCUGAAGAACAAAUUAAAGGUACGACAUCAGAAAUUGAACGAAAGCAAUCUGUUGAUUCUGCUGAAUAUGAUUCUAAAUUAUCGAAAUCAGUAUUACAGGGGAAAUUAUCAUCAUUAGCUAUUCAAAUUGGUUAUAUGGGUUUUAUAGUAGCUGGAGCAACUGUUGUAAUACUAAUUGUACGACAUUGCAUAACUCAUUAUGGAAUAAAUCAUGAAGCAUUUAAGCCUUCUGAUUUUUCUUAUUUUGUUAAUUUUAUCAUAGUUGGUGUAACAGUACUUGUAAUUGCUGUUCCGGAAGGUCUCCCUCUUGCAAUAACACUUUCGCUAACAUAUUCCGUUAAAAAGAUGAUGAAAGAUAAUAAUUUGGUGCGACAUUUGGAUGCCUGUGAAACAAUGGGUAAUGCAACUUCAAUAUGUUCCGAUAAAACGGGUACCUUAACAACUAAUCGGAUGACCGCUGUACAAUUUUUUAUCAAUGGAAAUUUUUACAAAGAAUGUGUUCCAAAAUUUGAAAAAUUAAAUGAAAAAACACGUCAGCUAUUGAUUGAAGGAAUUUCCAUAAAUAGUGGUUAUAAUUCACAGGUGAUAGAAUCUGAAAAACCUGGCUUACAAAGGACACAGCUUGGAAAUAAGACAGAAUGCGCACUUUUGGGAUUUGUAAUUGAUUUAGGUCAAAGUUAUGAGGAUAUACGCCGGGAACAUCCCGAGGAAUCACUUGUUAAGGUUUAUACAUUUAAUUCGGUAAGGAAAUCAAUGAUGACUGUGAAAAGACUUACAAAUGGUUAUCGAGUUUAUGCAAAAGGAGCUUCGGAAAUUAUUUUAUCCAGAUGUUCCUAUUUGCUUGGUCCUAAUGGAAAGGUGAAACCGUUUAAUUACGAACAACAACAGGAAAUGACACGAAAUGUUAUCGAACCAAUGGCUUCUGAUGGUUUACGAACAAUUGGAAUUGCUUACAAGGAUUAUAUAUCAAACGCUGAAGCGGCUGCUGAAAAUGAUACAGUAUAUGAAGGUGAAAUUGAUUGGGAAGAUGAAGAGGCAGUGCGAAUGGAAAUGACUGUGAUAGCUAUCAUUGGCAUACAAGAUCCGGUAAGACCGGAAGUUCCAGCUGCAAUUGAGCGAUGCCAAAAAGCAGGUAUUACUGUUCGUAUGGUCACUGGUGAUAACGUCAAUACAGCACGAUCAAUUGCUACCAGUUGUGGUAUUUUAAAACCUGGAAGUGGUUUCCUAGUUCUCGAGGGAAGAGAAUUCAAUGAGAGAAUCCGUGAUGCAAAUGGUAAAGUGAAUCAAGCAAAAUUUGACGCAAUUUGGCCAAGAUUACGAGUACUUGCUCGCGCACAGCCAACCGAUAAAUAUGUUCUCGUGAAAGGAAUUAUUGACAGUAAAUCUUCGAAGAACAGAGAAGUGGUAGCUGUCACUGGUGAUGGAACAAAUGAUGCGCCUGCUUUAAAGAAAGCUGAUGUUGGAUUUGCAAUGGGUAUUGCUGGAACUGAUGUUGCAAAAGAAGCAUCAGAUAUCAUUCUAACUGAUGAUAAUUUUACAUCCAUUGUAAAAGCGGUCAUGUGGGGCCGUAAUGUGUAUGAUUCGAUCUCAAAAUUUUUACAAUUUCAAUUAACAGUAAAUGUUGUUGCUGUUACAAUUGCAUUUAUUGGUGCCUGUGCAAUAAAUGAUUCUCCUCUAAAAGCUGUACAAAUGUUAUGGGUAAAUUUGAUUAUGGAUACGUUGGCUUCAUUAGCAUUGGCUACAGAAAUGCCAACGGAAAGUUUAUUGGAACGUAAGCCUUAUGGACGUACAAAGUCACUUAUUUCGCGAACAAUGGUUAAAAAUAUUGUUGGUCAUGCCAUUUUUCAACUAGCCAUUUUGUUUGCUAUUCUUUUUUGGGGUGAUAAAUUCAUCCCAGGCGUGGAAAGUGGACGUUGGGCACCGCUUAAUUCACCACCCUCAAAACAUUUCACUAUAAUUUUCAAUGCUUUCGUUUUGAUGACUUUAAUGAAUGAAAUUAAUUCACGAAAGGUUCAUGGAGAGAGAAAUGUCUUUAAGGGCCUUUUUACGAAUCCAUUAUUUUGUAUUAUUUGGAUUUUAACGCUAAUUUCCCAGGUGUUAAUUGUACAAUUUGGUGGUGCAUGGUUUUCAACAGCUCCUUUGAAUGAAAUUCACUGGGCUGUUUGUAUAGCCUGUGCAUUUGGUACUCUUUUAUGGGGCCAGGUUCUAGCAACAAUACCAAGUAAAGUGCUCCCUAGAUUCUUCUCAUUUGGUGGUGGUGAAGUUCAGCCAACUUCAGUCUUAGUUACUGGUGAAUAUGAUACAAGUGAUGGCCUUGUAAAAGGCAUAAUAAAGGAAGAUCAAAAAAGGCCUGGUCAAAUGUUAUGGCUUCUUGGAUUGACACGAUUGCAAACACAGAUGCGUGUUAUUCGAGCUUUUCAAACGAAUGCAUGUACUGCUCAUCCCAGUUCGUUAACAACUUCAACUGCCGAACGUUUACGUGCCAGUUAUCAUAGGUUACAACUUGCACGUGAAAGAGAGGAACAACGAAGGAUAAAUUCCGCAAGAUUCGACGAAGAAAAUCGAAUAGAUAAUAUUUCAAAAGAUACAGCAUCAAUUAAAUUUGUAUGA